AUGGCCACGGAGACGUCCGACGCGGUGGAACCCGACGCGUUUCUCCCCAGUCUCACGGAAUGUCCCAUCUGCUACGCGUUCUACGACAACGUCUUCAAGACGCCUCUGCGGCUCCCUUGCUCGCACACGUUCUGCAUGGAGUGUCUUUCCAGGCUUUGCCUCUUCCUCAAACAAUCUCAAAACUUCCCGUGCCCCCUGUGUCGGACUUCGGCCCAAAUCCCCCCCGGAGGAGUUCCUAAGAUGCAGCCCAACGUGGACAUCGUCUCCCGGUUCCCACCGGCCAUGCAGAAGCUCCAGGAGGUCUGGGUGGACGGACACAAACUGUGUUGGAUGAAGGCGGACGACCCGGAGAUCGGUAACGGGUCCCUGGUUACCUUGCAUCUGUUGCCGGGGGGCGCCGGCGGCCAGGACUCUUCGGUCUCCGUGCCCCAGAGUUUGUGCCGCAGCUUCUGCCGGAGCAUUUGGGGUUUGGGAUUAAGCGUUUUGACCGUUGGACUCCUGGUGUUCACCAUUGUGUUCAUCCCGGUUUACGUCAAUUCACAAUGA